AUGCCGUCCAUGCACGAACGUAUUCAAGAAGACCUCAAGCUCAAAGAGCGCCAGCUCUGGACAGCCUUGACGUCUGCCGACCCGGCCCACGCCGUCAACAAGCUCUGCUCGCCCAGCGCCAACCUCCUCUUCCCCAACAAGGACAUUAUCGCCCUCAACCCCGACCAACCCGAUAAAAACGAAAAGACUCUCCAAGAGGUAUUGGCGCCACCCUUCCAUCGUUUCGAUGAUUUCUCGCUCAUGGAUGUGCGUCCGAUGGUGAUUGAUUUAAUGGCCGGUACGAUUACCUAUCGCAUCAGUGCCUAUAGGGGGAAGAGGGAGUAUAAUGCGACGGGAAGCACGACGUGGGCGCAGGGAAGUGACGGCGAAUGGAGGAUUAUAGCGCAUCAAGAGACUCUACUUUAA